ACGUCCUGGCGUCCUCCCAUAGUGCGUAGUGAGGGGUAGGAUGUAGGUAGCCCCGUCUGGCGCCGCGGCCUUAGCCGUCCGACGGAUCAGUAGUGCCACCUGACGGCAGCGGCGCCGUCGUCAAAGAUCAAAAGUCAUCAAGGCCAUGAUGAAAAAUAUCAUGAUCAAAGCUAGGGCUGAUAAGGGUAUCGCGUCGACGCGUCGUUAUCAUAUCGGCGAUCCCGGAAUCCGCCGAUAACAACAAGUUACGACGACCGCCCGUCGCCCGACACCCAACUUCCAGAGUCCCGGACCUGAUGCGGGACACCAUGAACCGCGUACUACAUCGGCCGGUACCUCGACUUCUCGGCGCGUGACUCAUGCGUCCUCGCCGCGGUAUGAGUCACGGACAGACGGCGAAAAAAAUGUCGAUUUGCACGAUUUUUCGCCACUUCGACGGAGACCUAGAUAAUUUGUCGCCAAAAACUAUAAACAAUCGUACCAAACAUAAUAUUAUGGACAACAUGCGGCAUAUGAUUGGACGUCAUUUAUUGUUAAGUCUGUACGUUGCACUGGACACGAAUAAUACGAUCAAGACGACACAUCUUCUAUGAAGGAUAUCGCUGUUACCUUUAAACGCUCAAAAUGCUACAGCUACAUCAAAACGGUUCGAUAAAUAAUGGUUACACUAACUGUAUUGCUAGAGCCAUGUAUGAUAACAUUGCUGAAGCACCUGAUGAAUUAGCAUUUAAAAAAGAUGACAUAUUAACAGUAUUAGAACAAAAUACAGCUGGUCUUGAAGGAUGGUGGUUAUGUUCAUUAAGAGGCCGUCAAGGAAUAUGUCCUGGAAAUCGAUUAAGACUAAUACCAGGUGUGUAUGAAGUGACCGAACCCCAAAUUAUAUCAUCAAAUUGUAUACAAGAUCAAAAUCAUUUCAAUCAUGAAAGCAAGCAUCAAAGCUGGCACGCAAACCUGAAUACAGUGACGUCACAACAGAAACUGGGUGACCUCCUUACAUAUGAUACUCCUCAAAAAACUGUCGAUACUAAUGGCUAUAAUAUUCCACCUAUAAAUCAUGCAUUAGAUCGGCUAACAAGCGAUUUUACAAAACGACCACUCAGUAUUGGAAGCAGUAGUGGCUGCUGUAGUGAUAGUUAUGAUCCUCUCCCAAACCAACAUUCUCUUGUUUCAAAAGAAAGCUAUGAUGUACCAAGACAACUGAAUAUACAAGUUACUCCAAGUAGUUCGAUCAGCUCAUUAUCAACUGGUGGUAUUUGUAGUAGUACAAGCGGAAGUGAAUCUAAUCGAUCUAGUAGUAUUGGACUGGAUUAUGAUAUUCCUAGAAACCGAACAUUAGCUUCUUUGCCAUCUGAAUUACAGAAUUUAACUAUUAGUAGUCAGGACUACGAUGUUCCAUCAAAUAGUUUACAACCUAAAGAAUUAUCUAUAGACUUGAACUGUGCACUGGAAUGCUUAGAUAAAUUAACAUCAGAAGUCUCUUCUAAUACUACUCAGCUAUUAAAUUAUGCCGGACCAAAUUGGAGGAGCCAAAAAAAUUUGGAAGCCAAUCUUCUUGAUAUCAAAAUUAUAUCUUUACGACUUAAAAAUAGUUUAUACCAAUUUAUUGAAUUUUCAGAAGGAUGUCUAGGAAAUGCAGUUAAUGCUCGUGAUAAAGGGAUCUCAACUAAACUUCAUCCAUUAGUAUUUGAUUUAAUGAAAACUGAUAAAAUGAUAAGUUUUUCCACAAAUGCUUUGGAUUGCCUUGAUUGGAAACCACAUUUAUUGCACAGAGAUUCAAACAAUGAAUGUGAGUAUUCUGAAGACGCCCUGGAUAAGCUAAUUUCAUGUGCCAAAUUAUUGACUGAUGACAUUCGUCAGAUCACAUCAUUUAUUAAGGGUAAUUCAACGCUAUUGUUUAAGAAAAAAUUAAUUUGUGAUGAUGAUGAAGAUGAUGAUUAUGAAUACAUAGGUGAUGAGAAUGGCAAAAAGCCAAAUAUAACUAGUGCUUCCAUUAAAAGUGACAGUCCUUUUUCUGGACUUUCUACUAAUGAUAAAAAAAUAUUUAAUUUCUACAGUCAUCAAAUCGUCAGUCAAUCUGAUUUGUUAACUAGUCACAUUAACACAUUCUUACAAAUUGUUGAAGAGAACCGCCCACCACCAGUAUUUGUUAUGAAAGUCAAGUAUAUAAUAUUAAUUGCACAUCAAUUGGUUGUUGUCGGUGAUACUAUAUGUCGAAAUGUACAAGAGUCAACUGUGAAGAAUCAUGUGGAACAGUGUACAAAAGCUUUAUCUGCAGGUAUUUCGACGGUAGUUCAAAAAUCUAAAAUAGCUACACAGUUAUUUCCUAGUGUAACUGCUGUACAAGAAAUGGUAGACAGCAUUGUAGAAAUUUCGCAUAUUGUGAAUGAUCUGAAAAUAUCUGUUUUAAAAAUAAAAUGAAUCUUGUCCACAUUCUGUUUGGUA